UGCUGCUAGGCAGGGUGGGUGGGAGGUGGGGUCCACUGUGGGAGGUGGGGGUCUGGUCCGGCACCUGCUGACAGAUUGACUUGGGCACUAAGCACAGACAAAGCUGGUCAAGGGGGGAGAGAGGAAGGGGAGUGACGAGCAUUGAAGAAUGAGGAAAAAAGACGUGUCGAAAGAGGAAAAAAAAACGUUUUGAAAGGUGGAAAAAAGAGGGGGAAAAAAUGUGUCAAAUGAGGAAAAAUGAUAUGAAAAAUGAGGAUGAAAAAUGAGGAAAAAUUACAAAAGGAUGUAUCUAAUGAGGGGGGAAAAAAUUGUCAAAUGAGGGAGAAAAAAAUGUUGCAUGAGGAAAAACGAUAUGUCAAAUGAGGAAAAAAGAUGUGUUGAAGGACAUUUUGAAUGAUGAAAAAGGAUGUCUCAAAUGAGGAGAAAUGAUGUCACGAAUGAGGAAAAAUGUCAUAUUGAAUGACCAAAAUAGAAAAAUGAUGUGUCAAACAAAGGAAAAUGAUGAGGGAAAAAAUAUGCAUGUUGAAAGAGGAAAAAAGACGUAUUGAAAGACAUUUUGAAAUAUGAGAAGACGUGUCGAAUGAUAAAACAUGACGUGACGAAUGAUGAAAAAAGACGUGUCAAAUGAGGAAAAACAACAUGUCAAAUGUGGAAAAAUGAUGAUGUUGAAGGAGGGAAAAAAAGACAUGUUGAAAGGGAAAAAAAAGAGUAAAUGAUGAAAAAAGAUGUGUCGAAUGAGGAAAAAGGAUGUGACGAAUGAGGAAAAAUGACAUGUUGAAGGGCCAAAAAAGGACGUGUCAAAUGAGGGAAAGGAAGGUGUCAAAUGAGGAAAAAGUACAUGUCAAAUCAGGAACAAUGAUGUGUUGAAUGAGGAAAAAAGUCAUGUGGAAUGAGAGAAAAAACAUACAGGGGUUAACUUUUCCACCAUCUGGCUCAACAGCCUUCAUUGUAUUUUUAGCAGGCGGGGCGGGGACUGCAGAGAGUGGAACUUUGCAAGUUCGAAGCAGCAUCACUUUGGUAAAUCCAAUAUUUAAACACUUGCGAGCGCGUAAUGAAAAGCAAGAAGGCGUGCAUGCGGCCGCCUGCUUCUCCGUAAUAUAUUCUCAUUUCGCUUUUUAAACACGCUUGAGCGCCUCUCCAAUAUGAUUCCCCCGAGGAGGAGGAAUGCACCGCCGCUCUGAAAAGCCUCUCUCGGCAGCAUUAAUUCCGUGAUUGCCUCAACAAGACCCCCAUCGCCUUCUCCCAAAACAAGGAUCAGAUCUCUGUGACCGCUGCUAAAUCUUCCUCCGCGCGCUCAUUUUUCAGCAUCUUUGCACCAAUUUGGGAAACUAAUUGCUCCUCCUCCUCCUGACUGGGCAGGGAUAGGAUUCCGUCGGAAGCUUCUUCUUUUAUGCUCAUAAAUCCCUCAACGGGAGCACAAGGCCUCAUUAAGAUGCAUUAGAGCAGGUUUUGCAGUACGGAAGGGAAGGUGUUUUCCUCUUUCUUUUUGUUCCUUCACGCUAUCGUCCUCUUUACUUGUUUUGUCACUGGCCAGAGGACAUACGCACACUGGGCACACAAUUCCAUGUGAUGACACGAGCUGGUUAAUUCCCCCCCCCCACCACCACUCACAUCCUCCUGGCCUGGUUUCACCCUCCUCUCCUCCUCUUUCGUCCACUCCUCCCUUUUUGGAUUGCUGGAUUAGCAAGGCGGGGGUAGAGGACUGUUCCCCUCGCUGAUUGUAAGGCAAGGGACAAUUGGUGUUCCAGUCUGAUUGGCUCCUCAGAUAAGGAACGCCAGCCUCCGCGCGUGGAGAAGACGUAGAAGGAGGACAGAGCGAGGCAGCCGGAGAGAGGAUGCGUCCAGUCUAGCGGAGCAAACGUCCACAAAGCAGGGGGACAGUGUGAGGACUGAAGGUGACUUUGACGCAAACUUGGACAAACGUUUAGCGAUAAGCGACGAGGACAGGCUGAAAAACAAGAAGCACACCCAACAAAAGACAAGACAAGAGGGUCACAGCAGCAGGCUUCACUUCACUAUGGAACCCCGGCAACACCUUCCUGCAUUCGGCCGCACGUGGCCGUACGUGACGCUCGUCCUGCUGAGCCUUCUGUCUCCUGGCCUUCUGGGGGCCAGCAGCUCCGCACGGAGGGUCCAGAGGGUCAAGCGAGGCUGGGUGUGGAACCAGUUUUUUGUGCUGGAGGAGUACACCGGGCUCGACCCACUUUACAUCGGAAAGCUCCACUCCGACAUGGACAAAGGCGACGGCUCCAUUAAGUACAUCCUGACGGGCGACGGUGCCGGCUCCACCUUCACCAUUGACGACAGCACGGGCGACAUCCACGCCAUCCAGAGGCUGGACCGGGAAGUGAAGGCCCAGUACGUACUGCGAGCGCAGGCUCGCAACCGCCUUACGGACCGACCCCUGGAGCCCGAGUCGGAGUUCAUCGUUAAGAUCCAGGACAUCAACGACAACGAGCCCAAGUUUUUGGACGGACCCUACCAGGCGUCGGUGCCUGAAAUGUCCAAAAUAGGAACGUCGGUGAUCCAACUGUCUGCCACUGAUGCUGAUGACCCAACGUAUGGCAACAGCGCCCGGGUGGUGUACAGCAUCCUGGAGGGUCAGCCUUACUUCUCAGUGGAUGCCAAGACUGGCGUGGUCCGGGUCUCUUUGGCCGACAUGGAUAGGGAGAUGAGGGAGAACUACACCGUGGUUAUCCAGGCCAAGGACAUGGGCGGCCAGCUGGGCGGCCUGGCCGGCACCACCACUGUCAGCAUCUCACUCAGCGACGUCAACGACAACCCGCCCGUCUUUGACCAAAGGUUGUACCAGAUGAGUGUGCCAGAGUCAGCAUCGGUGGAUGCAGAGGUGGGCCGCAUCUGGGCCAAAGACCGGGAUACAGGGGUCAACGCCGAGAUGACAUAUCAUGUCAUUGACGGGGACGGGAGGGACACUUUCGAUAUCAUCACCGACCCCAGCAACAGAUUUGGCAUCAUCAGGGUGAAGAAGCCGCUCAACUUUGAGGGCAAGGCCAGCUACACCCUGAAGGUAGAGGGCGCCAACACGCACCAGGACUCUGUCUACCGCCAGCGCGGGCCCUUCAAAGACGUCACCAUCGUGCACGUGAGCGUGGAGGACGUGGACGAGCCCCCCGUCUUUGACGUGGCCGCGUACCGGGCGGAGCUGCCGGAGGACGCCCAGAUCGGGACCAUUGUGAGGACGGUGUCAGCGAGGGACCCCGACGCCGCUAACAUCACUGUGAGGUACUCCAUCGAGAGGUCCACCGACCCGGACCGCUUCUUCUACAUCGACAUCACGUCCGGCUCGCUGAUGACGGUGCGCCUGUUGGACCGCGAGCAGCUGGGCUGGCACAACAUCACGGUGCUAGCCAUGGAGAUGAAUAACCCGUCGCAGAUUUCCAGCGUCACCGUGGCGAUCCGUGUCCAGGACGUGAACGACAACCCUCCAUCCCUGACAGACUACCUGGAAGCCUACGUGUGUGACAACGCCAAAGCAGGACAGCUCAUCCAGGCGGUGACGGCGGUCGACCCGGACGAACCCCCCAGUGGACACCACUUCUCCUACGCCUUGGCUCCAGACGCCGCCAACAACCCAAACUUUACCCUGCGAGACAACCAAGACAACACGGCGUGGAUCCUGACGCGGCGCGGUGGCUGGUCUCAUCGCGAGCAGACCAUCUUCUACCUCCCCAUCGUGGUGACCGACGGGGAGCAGCCGGUCCAGACCAGCACCAGCACGCUGACGGUGCGUGUGUGCGGCUGCGACCACGACGGCAAUGUGAUGUCGUGCAACGCCGAGGCCUACAGUCUUCCCUCCAGCCUGAGCAGGGCGGCGCUCAUCGCCAUCCUGGCAUGCAUCUUUGUGCUUCUGGCAGUGAUGGUCCUGCUCAUGCUCUCGCUGCGCACUCACCGCAAGAAGCCCUACCUGCGCGACGAGGAGGAGAACGUCCACGAGAACAUUGUGCGCUACGACGACGAAGGUGGCGGCGAGGAGGACACAGAGGCCUUCGACAUCGCCGCCAUGUGGAACCCGCGUGAAGUGCACCCUCACCUGGGCAAGACGAGGCAAGACAUGCUGCCUGAGAUCGAGAGUCUGUCUCGCUACAUCCCGUGCGUGAUGGGCGACGCCGGUGGUGGAGGCGGCUGCGGCGGUGAGAGCAGCAACGUCCAAGGAUACGUCCUGUCUAAGCUCCUGGAAGCCGACCUGGACCCGUGCGCGCCGCCGUAUGACUCCCUGCAGACAUACGCCUACGAGGGUGAGGGCUCGGUGGCCGAGUCGCUCAGCUCGCUGCAAUCGGGGGCAUCGGGCGGCGACCACGAGUACGACUACCUCAACGACUGGGGGCCUCGCUUCAAGAAACUGGCCGAGAUGUACGGCGUGCUGGAAACAAACAAUGCUCCCAUGUGGUAGCACGACAAACCCCCAUGCCUUUUGAACUCCUUUAAGAAACAUCCCGAAUGAUCAGACAUCAGUGACAACAGGCAAACGUUGACUGCUCGCCUAUGUGGGUCUGGAUUUACGGUUUCCAGGCAGGAUCGACACCCAGCGAGCCACCGUGUCAUCUUAAUUUAUUGCUCUUUAUUUAUGUUUGAGCUAACUUAUUUCACGGCAAAAAAAAAAAACAGUUGCUCCCCAAGCAGAAGCCGUCUUACUGAUUUUAUGUCGAGCGCCUUUUAUUUCGGACACCAUCGUGCCAGCUGGAGUCCGACGACGGCGACCACUAGGCCCGACGUGUCCUGCUAGCCAGCGACACGAAUGCGACUUAGAGCGCAGAGGACGUCUGCAUUAAGUGCCAAAUGUAAAAAGGACAUUUUGGGUUUAAGAAAAGAAGAAAAACAAAACAAAAAAAAGACUUUAAAAAAAGAACUUUGUGAGGAUUUUGAUAUUUUUACUUGAAUUUCAUGUGGUCGCUUAUGCUACGCUACACAGUGUGUGAAUGUAGAUACUCUUUUGUAUUCUUGGUAAUAAAAA